CAGAAGUCAUCUUUCUUGAUAACCAAGGAACAUAGAUCUCUAUCUCCGUGAAAGAAGAAUCGAGCCAAGCACCACGAAAAGACCACUCAAGAUCCUUUCUCUUGCCAUAAAAUAAUACGAAAAUGCCUCUCUUCGUCCUCUCUAAAUCCUCAGCAAAGAAGAGUCAGACGUUUAUGAGCCAAGAGCAGCAGGGGACGUCUCCGUUGAACACAGACGAAGCCUUAAAGAGUCAUCAUAGCUUCUCGCAGAACCCAAAUUACAUCGAAAGUAAUCUGUCUAGAAGAUACCAGACUAACUUUUCGCUUGGCUCACAAAGAAUCUCUGGGCAGUUUUUGAUGAUCCCUAAUCCUGGAUUUGUCGACACAAGUUCGAUGACAAAUACUCACGAUACCAGUCUAGCAAAUUUUCAGACUGUGCCUACAACUACCAAUCCAAAGAUUAUCUUGAAAGAGGAAAAAGAAAAUGAGGAGGAGCAACAGUACUGGACCAUCAAGAAGGAACUGACCAAGAGCGAUGCUUGCCAACGGCUUACUCUGUCAAAAAGCUCUGUUGAGGAGCACAUUCUCAAGCAUCUCCUUCCAGAAGAUUCCCAAAAGAUAGACAAAGGCAAGCCCGGAAUCACGGUUAAGGUAUACGACAACGAUACUGACACUGAGCACGAGCUAUGUCUAGCAUUCCAGUGUAGCUAUGUUCUAAAGAAUGGUUGGGUGAAAACAUUUGUCAAAAGGAGAGGGUUGGAGGAAGGAGACAUGAUUGGUCUCUUCUGGGAAUGCUCUACUUCUAAGCUUCAUUUUAGUGUGCUUUUUCGUGUAAAUGCAAAAGCUCCUGCAGCAGAAGAAAAAGAAGCUUAUUAA